AUGAAAAAGUCGCAUUUUCGCUCGAACUACGACUUUUCCGGUCGUCCAACAGUAGUGUCUCCGUCAUCGUUGUACUCGCCGUCACCGUCGGCUGAGUCCUUGAGGUAUCAGCAACAGCAGCUACUACUGCCAGAGCAACCUACUACAAGCCUGACCAAAGACGUUCAGUCUCUUUAUCAGUACCAGCAGCAGCAGCAGCAACAGCAACAGUCAGAGCAAUUUGUACUCUUUCGCGAAGGAUACUCAUAUUCACGGAGGAGGCGAAACGCACGACACGAGGGUGUUGCUGAGUCAUUCGAUUCGGUGCACAAUCCAGCGGCAGAGGACGAACGUAAACCGCCGGUUGGGAGUCAAUUGCUCCAACAGCAGCACCAGCAGCAGCAGCAGCAGCCAAGACUGGUAGACUUUGAAGAGCUUCAGUACGCCACCGAAGACCACGGCGGCGGCGCCAUUUUGCGACACCAACAGCCGCCAUCAACAUCCACUCGUCGUGGCAAUGACGGUCCGGUCCUUUCCGGCGUAGAGGAAGCUCGUUUCGAAAACAGUUCAUCCCGGCCACCGGCAAUCGUCGCCUUUCGUCGUCCGAAUUUUGCGGGCGACUCCGGUGUAGAUCAGGUGCCUCCUCAGCCAGCAGUCGUCCGUUCGAGUGCGGUUGUAAUCGACGGUGGCCACCAUCAACACCCGCAGCAGUCGGUCAUCUACGAAAGUUCAUCGUCACGCAACGAUGGUGGAUUGAAUUCUCAUCGUCAGAAUCAGUACCAUCAGCAGCAGCAGCAUUCGAAUAAUCAUCAGCGCCAUCGCCAGUCCAACGCAGUGGACUCUUUGGCCGGUUCUGACUACCGAAGCGGGAUUGAGACCGGUCACAUAAAGCAUCCAUCGGUGCCCAAGGCAGUUACAACAGUCGGCGUAGCAACCAAACGCAAGAGAGAUACAGGUAAGGACACUACCAGAUACAUUGAGGUAUGCCAUGAACCGUAA